AUGCCUGCAAUCACUACUGGUUCUUUUGUUCUAGUCACCGGAGCUCAGCCAAAUGGAUUUGAUGAAGCUGUAAUAGAUAUUGAAGGAAUUAUUCAUGUUGCCUCACCCUUCAAUACUCAUACUUCAGAUGAUCCAUAUCAAACAUACAUUUCUCCAGCAGUCAAUGGAACUUUGUCAAUCUUAAAAUCAGCAAAUAGUCUCAAUGGAAAAUCAAUUAAAAGAGUCAUCAUUACUUCAUCUCUUGGAGCAAUAGCUAGUGUUGAAAGUUUGAGUGAACCAUCAUUCAAAGCCACUCACAUUUAUACAGAACAAGAUUUCAAUGAAGAUGAUCCUAAGAUUCUUGAAGAGAAAGGAUCAGCUUCUCCACCUUUUACUGCUUACUUUGCUUCUAAAGUUCUUGCGGAAAAAGCAGCUUGGGAGUUUGUCAAGACUAACAAACCAAAGUUUGAUCUAACAACCAUUUGUCCAUCAUUUGUAUUAGGACCAAUCAUUCAUGAAGUUAAAGAUGAAACAUCUCUAAAUACUAGUUUAAGUUUUUUCUAUCAAUUCCUUUUAGGAAGAAUUAGUAGUGAAAUCGCAAACCGUCCAACAGCAUCAGAGGUUGAUGUACGUGAUGUGGCAUUCGCCCAUAUCCAAUCUUUACUUAUCGAAAAAGCUGGUGGUAAUCGAUAUUUGAUUUCAAAACAACCUUUAAUAUGGCAAGACGCAUUAGAUAUUGUGAAUGAAAGUAAUCAAGCGAUUCAUUGGCCUAAUGCAACCAAAAGAACCCCAAGUUAG